AUGGGCAUCACCCACGUCGUCACCCUCCUCAACGACCAGUCGGAGGAGAAGAAGGCCCGCGUGGUAGAGCGCCAGGCCAAGAAGCAGGGCGCCGAGUGGAUAUGGCUGCCUCUGCAGGGCGCGUCACCACCGCCUCCCGAGGACUUCGCGCGCAUCUUGGCGGCGAUGAGACAGCUACGGGAGGCGCUGGCGAAGGAAGACACGGGAGUGCUCGUUCACUGCUCGGCGGGCCUGCAUCGCACCGGCAUGAUUGCCAACGCGCUCCUCCGGUUCAUCGGCCACGACGAAGCCGGCGCACUCGAGGUGCUGCGACAGAGCCGAGAAAAGACGGCCAGCGGCGUGGGCAAGCAUCGCGUUGCCUGGGCCGACACCUUCUUGGCGUGGGCCAAGGACCAAUAG